AUGCAGUUCUCGGCGGGUUUGGGAAGCGAGGGAGACAGGGUUGCCCGAUUAGCUUUGAAGAUGGGAAGGGUGUGCAGAGAAGCCCGCGGAGGUGCAGGAGAAGGCGUUGGAACGCGGCGCGCGGGCAGAUGCUCCAGGUCCGCCGAGCGCGCGGCGCACUCGCCGCGGCACGCGCGGCCGGCGGCGGACGCAGGGAUGAGCGUGGGAGAAGUGCCCCACCCGGCCCGGGGACGCUGGCCGCUCGGCCUCCCCUCUCCCGGGCUCGGGGCAAAGUGACGGCAAAGUUCCGGAGCUCGGGAGGAGAGCUGCGCGCCGAGCGAGCCUGGCCGCCGAGACGCUGCGGAGGGAAGCGUUUGCCGCGCUCUCCCGGGCGGCGCGGACCCGGGGAAAACCGGCGUCAGGGCGCGCUCCCACCUGCGCACCGCCCGCCAAGUUGAGGGGGCUGGCGAGGCGGGGUGGAGAGGGUGCAGGAGGGCAGGCAGCGGCUGGAGGCGGCCCCCAGGAUGCAGAGAGAGAAGGAGAGAUGGGGAGGCCCCGGGCACCACCGGCGCUGCGGGGUUCCUUGAGGAUGCCAGGGAAAAUCGGCUCCCUGGGCCCCCGCGCCUUCCUAUCUGACCCGGCCACUAGCUGGGGACUAGGAUGGCAUGAUCAACAUUGACAUGACUGGCGAGAAGAGGUCCUUGGAUCUCACAUACCCCAGCAGUUUUGCUCCCGUCUCUGCACCCAGAAACCAGACCUUCACUUACAUGGGCAAGUUCUCCAUUGACCCUCAGUAUCCUGGUGCCAGCUGCUACCCAGAAGGCAUUAUUAAUAUCGUGAGUGCAGGCAUCCUGCAAGGGGUCACUUCCCCGGCUUCGACCACUGCCUCAUCCAGCGUCACUUCUGCUUCUCCCAACCCACUGGCUACAGGACCCCUGGGCGUGUGCACCAUGUCCCAGACCCAGCCCGACCUGGACCACCUCUACUCACCGCCGCCACCGCCUCCUUAUUCAGGCUGUCCAGCAGGAGAGCUCUACCAGGACCCCUCAGCGGCGUUCCUCUCAGCAGCCACCACCUCCAGCUCCUCCUCUCUGGCCUACCCACCGCCUCCUUCCUACCCGUCCCCCAAGCCAGCAGCGGACCCAAGUCUCUUCCCCAUGAUCCCAGACUAUCCUGGAUUUUUUUCGCCGCAGUGCCAGAGAGACCUCCAUGGUACAGCUGGCCCAGAUCGCAAGCCCUUUCCUUGUCCCCUGGACUCCCUCCGGGUCCCCCCUCCACUCACUCCGCUCUCCACUAUCCGUAACUUUACCCUGGGGGGGCCCAGUGGUGGGGCUGCAGGCCCAGGGGCCAGUGGAGGCAGCGAGGUACCCCGGCUGCCAGGCAGCAGCUCAGCAGCGGCCGCUGCCGCCGCCUAUAACCCCCACCACUUGCCCCUGCGGCCCAUUCUGCGGCCUCGAAAGUACCCCAAUAGGCCCAGCAAGACCCCCGUGCAUGAGCGACCCUACCCAUGCCCAGCAGAAGGCUGUGACCGGCGCUUCUCUCGCUCCGAUGAGCUGACACGGCAUAUCCGCAUCCACACGGGGCACAAGCCCUUCCAGUGUCGGAUCUGCAUGCGCAACUUCAGCCGCAGUGACCACCUCACUACCCACAUCCGCACCCACACCGGGGAGAAGCCCUUCGCCUGUGACUACUGUGGCCGCAAGUUCGCCCGGAGCGAUGAGAGGAAGCGCCACACCAAGAUCCACCUGAGGCAGAAGGAGCGGAAAAGCAGUGCCCCCCCAUCGUCCAUGCCGGCCUCGUCCACGACCUCCUGUCCAGGGGCUUCACAGGCUGGGGGCCCCCUGUGCAGCAGCAACAAUAGCACUAUCGGUGGAGGGCCCCUGGCACCUUGCUCCUCUCGGACCCGGACACCUUGAGAUGAGACUCAGGCCUACGCAUCAUCGUUGUGGAGGCCCCGGUGGCUCUUCGUCUACUCAAACUACACAACAAACACUACCACCUUUCCCGGCUUCCUUCCCUUUGUUGGGCAUUUGGCUUUGAUGGAGCCCAGCACUUGCCCCCCCCACUUUCCAUUUAGAGCAGGUCCUUCCAACACUCCACCCACUUUCUUCCCUUGUAGAUGAGUCGAUCACCCCAGCACAUUGGAGAGGCUCAGAGAGGAUGUGGGAAUGGGGACCCUGGCCUAGAGGGCUGACAUCUACCCCUGCUUGAAAGGCUUAUUUGACUAGGUUUUGCUCCCCCCCCCACCUCCUGCCUUCACCCCCUUCUCUGAUUGUGGCUGGUUGCAGGUUUUUGACUCUGGAUGUGAGAAUGAAUCUGAGACUUUUUCUACAGUAGGUUGGGAGAUGCUGAUCCCUUCAGAUGGGGGACAGCAAAAAGGAGCAGCAAAACUGACGUGCACUUUAUGGCUUGGGACUAAUGUGGGGGGCGCUGUACAGAGAGUGAAGCAUGGCCUGUAUGCUGCAUUCUGUGGCCCUAGAACAGUGAAUCAAAGCUUAUCUAGUCGUCUCAACCCUUUAAGCAAUAUGUAUUAUACUCAGAGAACAGACGUGCAAUGUGACGGGAGGGAUGUAGCAAUAUCUGCUCCUUUUUGAGUUGAGAAAUGUAGACUAUUUUUCCAGUGUAUAUCCAUUCAGAUUUUGUGUAUUUUUGAUGUGCACUGUUCUCCAAGUUUUGAACCUUUGGGAAAAAAAAAGCAUUUAUGAUCUCUUGAAAUUAGUCAGAGGUUAACUUAUUUAAAAGGGGUAUGUACAUAUAUUCUCUGGAACUUGGAUGCAUGUAAUUGUGUUGGACGUGUCCUUUGGUGCCUUGUGUGAUGUAGACAAUGUUACAGGGUCUGCAUGUAAAUGGGUUGCCUUACUAUGGAAAAAAAAAUCACUCCUUGGGUUUAGUAUGGCUGUAUAUUUCUGCCUAUUAAUAUUUGUAAUUUUUUUUAGAAAGUAUAUUUUUGUAUGCUGUUUUGUGACUUAAAAGUGUUACCUUUGUAGUCAAAUUACAGAUAAAAAAUGUAAAUAAUGUUACUGGAGCUGACUUGUUUGUUAUUAGCUCUUAAUAGUUGUGAAGUACAAAUGAUUUAUUCUAACUCAAACCACUAACUGAAGUUCAGAUAAUGGAUGGUUUAUGACGAUAGUGUAAAUAAAUACUUUUCAACAAUA